AUGGCUCACAUCACCAGCACCGGAGCGCCGGUCGGGUCCGUCGUAUUCUCCGUCACCGUGCUCCUCGUCAUCUCCGUUGUAGUCCUGCUCAUCUUGCGGCACUACCUCCCGUUGCGCGCCACGCCAGGGUUUUACCUCGUCCCCAUCUUCUUCGCCUUAUGGCUUCCUUCCAUCGCCGUUCUUCUCGUCCCCAUAGAUCUAGCUUCCAGCGCGGCUACGGAUGAUGAUGCUAGCAGAGGCAUUUGGCUUCCCGAAAGAGUCAUCUUGGUGUCAUGGAGGAUCACUUAUUGGCUGACUUUUGUCUUGACCUGGUUUAUCUUGCCCAUAUUGGGCGAGUAUUCCGAUGCCGGCUACCACGAACCAAACGACAAGCUCAAGUACUCUCUUCGACAAAACGCGCAGUUUUACGCCAGCCUCCUAGGAGCCAGUUUUCUUGGGCUUCUCUAUGUGUUUAUAGCCUACAGGCCAUCGUUCAGCUCGCUCAAGGGAUUGAUCAUGACCUUGGCGUAUUGCUGGGGCCUUGUCCUGGCUAUCUACCUCAUGGGCCAUGGACUUGUCUCAAUCCCAAGGCGGAUGAUUCGAAAAGCCAGUAUAAGCGGCAGACUCCGGCGUCUACAAACCCGCGCUCCAAAGGUCCACGAACACAUGGAAGAUGCGUUAAUCACGUUGGAAGAGGUUGAAGGCCAAGUGGCGGAGCUGUCCCGUCGCAAGACCGGCACAUCGCUGAACUUUCAAGAAUGGAUUGAAGAGCUGCAAGACGUGGCCAACAUUGGACACGGGCGAUUCGCGCCAAUCGCUGGCGGCUCAUCCGCCACAUCCAAUCGAGGCGUUCCGAAUUUCAUCACUGAGAAAUACCUGGCUGAAUUAAGCCGGAAACUUGUCCGUGCUCGUCAUACCAGGACCCGAUACGUCAACGAAUGGAUCCAAUUGGUGCAGGAAGCUGGGAAACUGCAGGCGAUACUGGACUCGGCAGGUCCGAAGCAACUGGACUUGGAGGCAUCGUCAACACAUGCCAGAACCUGGGAUCCGAGUAGACUGCUCAAUCCUCAUGCCCGGUACCUUUGCUUCUUCUACCUCGUUCCCUUUUCUCACCUGGCUUGCGGCUUCUUCUUGGCCUUGGCCUCUGCCUGCAUCGUCUGGUCGGAGCUGGUUCGCUACACGUUCCCGCGCCUGUCCAUCGUCAGAAUCAGCGUUGUCCAUCACUGGGUCAGGGAAAAACCAGAGGUGGGCUUCGCCGGACAGGUCGUUUCCGCCUUUUGGAUCUGCUACAUGUGCGCAGCGACAUUCGUGUCAAUGACCGAGGUCAAGGUUUGGCGCGGGCGCGCUCUGGUGAAGCGCAACACCUCGUACGAGUCGGCGUUUUGGUACUCGAUGCAAGUAGCCAAGCUCACAAUCCCCCUCUCGUACAACUUCAUGACUUUCCUAUCCAAGGAGGUGUACGAGAAGACAAUCUUCUACAAAUUCCUGGGCCAGCUGAUCGAGAACACGGCUCCAGGACGGUGGUUUGACGAUCUCUUUCCCAUUGUGGUUCUCUUCCCCGUCGUAGCAACCUUGUUCGGGUUGUACGGCAAAGUCAAGCGCGUCUUCUUCGGCAUCGACGUACUAGGCGACUCCGACGAGAACGCGCCGACUGACGGAACUGGUUCCUGGCGAGCCGGCCGUGACCUGCUUGAACGGGAGCUCCGAGGCACGGCAACCUACCGGCGACGGGGGGACACGAUUUCGAGAUUGGGCUUGAGCAACGGCAGAUCAACCCCGACGCUUUCCGUCCCCGCUAUUCUGGAGCCAACUCAGUCACCUGCUCGAAAUCCCGUUUCCGCAGCUGACCAUGGACGACGGGCUCACUUGCCUCGCGGUGUUUAUAUGGCGGCCGACGAGGCUCCGCAAGAUGAAAACAUGUUUCAAAUCCUGGGCCACCGAAUGAAGAACACCAUUGACACGAUGGAAGCGCCCAGGUGGCUUCAGCAUGUUGGCCAAGGAAUCAGACUACCGAAGUGGAUGGGCGGAGAAACUGACGGCAGCGCUGGUAGCGCUCAGGGCAGCUCGACCGUGAGACGGUGGUUUGGGGGUGAAGGGCGAGUCCGGCUAUAG